GUUUUUAAACAGAUCAUUUUUCUGUACUUUUCAAGUGUGUAUUUUAUAAAUGGAAAUAAUUGAUUAAAGGCAAUCAUUUUUACUUCAAAAUAUUACGAAUUUAACGCACCAGAUAACAAUCCAGCAUGGCGGACGAUUUAGGCGAUGACUGGUGGAAAGAAGAGGACAGCAGUAAUGAUGAUGAUGAUGAGAAAAUUGAAGACAAGGAGGAUAUGGAAACCUCAGUACCAGAGCAACCACAAAAAGAUAAAGAUCAGAAGAAGAAAAGAAAAAGAAAUAGGAAGAGGAUAACAGAUGAGUUAAAGGAAAAGGGAGACAAGCCUGGCCGUCCUGAAGAUUUUGUUGGCUUUCUGGAUAAACAUUUUGGUGGGAAAUUAACAGCGGUUGAAAGGGAUGAAAUCGCACUUGAUACAGAGAAAAACUUUUAUGCACCAAACCAAACACCAGCAUUUUCUGUGGCAUAUCUACGAUCUGUGUUACCUAAAUGGAAGAAAAUGAAAAUUGCGUGUGAAGGCCAAGGUUCUCCCAUGUUGUUAGUGAUUUGUGCUGCCGCACUGAGGGCUGUGGACCUGAACAGACAAUUACAAGACUUCAAGGGAGAUAAAUGUAAAUGUGCCAAAUUGUUCGCGAAACAUAUGAAGUUAGGAGAGCAACAGACAUUUUUAAAGAAGUCAGUAUGCCAUAUGGGAAUAGGAACUCCAAACAGAAUACUGGCUUUAGUAAAAUCAGGUCAUUUAAAACUGGAUAAUUUGACAGCUAUAGUGAUAGACUGGAAUUAUAGAGACAUAAAGAAACACCGGGUGGCUGAUAUACCUGAGAUCAGGGCGGAAUUGGCAACAUUAUUAAAGACAUACCUUAUACCACAUAUUAAAUCAUCUGAUCUGAACUGCAAGAUUGGAAUGUUAUAGUAUUAAAUGAUUAUCUGUGUUUUAUUGUAAGCGCUAUGGGAGAAGUGAGGGGCACCUCAAAUGAUUAGACUCUCCUCAAAUGAUUGGACUCGCCUCAAUUGAUUGGACUCGCCUCAGAUAAUUGGACUCAGAGCAUUAUAGGCUCAAAAGUUUGAUGUCACCAGGUUUGCCUGAAGGUUCAAGGUCACCAUAGAAAGAUACAUGUACAGAUUAACCAUGAAAAACAUGUCAUAUAUUUAAGCUAUAGCAAUGAAGAGUUGGUCUAUCUUUAGACCAUUAGGGCAACAAGGUUUUAGGCCAGACCUUGGAACCAUUAAAUUAUCAUCAAACCAAUUGUUGAAUGUUAUUGAUAAGGAUACUAAAAUACAGUUUAAAACUU